AUGCUGAAUAAUGCUCACCUAUUCAAUACAUUUUCAGCUAAUGACGUGAUCGCUAACUUUGAUUAUUGCGAUAUUGAAGAUGUUCUGCCCUCUGUAUCAGACCACUCUUUAGUUAUUCUUAGAGUUGAUAACUUCUUAGCUGCUAAAAAAUAUAAAAGGAAUAUUCCUUCAAAAAAAGUUUUUGACUACAAUAAAAUGUCAGACAAUAA